AUGGCUGAGACCAUUCGGAACAACAUCGCCAAGGCUCAGAAGGACGCUAUGGAACGUCACAACGCCAUCAUGGCCAGCAUCCAACAGAGUAUGGGAGGAGGAAUGGGAGGAUUCGGUGCUCCAGUUGCUCCAUUCGGAUCCGCUGAGCCAAAGAUGUACUCGGACGGGUUCGACGAUUGGAUGCGGAAUCACAUUAGAAUGAUGAAUGAAAUGAUGAGAAUGCAGAAUGCACAGAUUCAGGCCCUCCAGCAACUCAUUUCAUCCUCGCCGUCGUACCGUAAGACCCCAACAUACCACUACUCCUCGUCUUCUGCUCAAAUCCGUCCAACAGAAAUCCGCUACCAAAAUCCCAAGACGGUGGACGGUGAAGCCCGCUCUCCAAGAGAUUCCGGGAACCGCCACCACAACGACGACUAA